GCAGCAUCAUUCCAGCCUGCUCGGAUCAAGCGGAGGGACCGUCGGAUCCGGAUCCAUUAAGAAUGGACGCCCUCCGCUCAUCUUCCGUAAAGAACCGCAAAGGCGCCGGCCGGAUUCACCCAAAACACAAAGCGAGUGUUUCCCGACAGGACCGUGGGUGUGUGCGCGUCGUUACCUCCGGACUGCACCCGCCCGACUUCCACCGUCGCCCGUCGAGUCAUGUCUGAUCCACAGAGAUGGGCAAGUUCGACGACACCGAGAGGAUAAUCCUCAACGUCGGGGGCACCAGACACGAAACGUACAAAACCACCCUGAAGACCCUGCCGGGGACGCGCCUGGCCCUGCUGGCGUCCGACUCCGACAUCGACUCGGUGCUGGAUCACCUGCAACAAGUCCCCGGCUUCAUAGAGUACAACGCGCGGACAAACGAGUACUUCUUCGACCGCCACCCGGGCGUCUUCGCCUACGUGCUCAACUACUACCGCACCGGGAAGCUCCACUGCCCGGCGGAUGUGUGCGGACCGCUGUUCGAGGAGGAGCUCUCCUUCUGGGGCAUCGACGAGACGGACGUGGAGCCCUGCUGCUGGAUGACGUACCGGCAGCACCGGGACGCCGAGGAGGCGCUGGACGUGUUCGAGCUCAACGUGGACACCGGAGACGAGGACGACGAGGUGGCCAAGAGGCUCGGUAUCGAGGACGUGGCCGCCGACGGUGGCGGCAGCCUGUGGAGGAAGUGGCGGCCGGUCGUCUGGAAUCUAUUCGAGGAUCCGUACUCCUCCCGGGCGGCCAGGUUUAUCGCCUUUGCAUCCUUGUUCUUCAUCCUGGUGUCCAUCACCACCUUUUGCUUGGAGACCCAUGAGGCUUUCAACACCAUCAUCAACAAGACGGAGGUGAUGCGGAACAGCAGCCUGCCGGACGUGGGACCGCAGUACGAGAUCGAGACUGACCCAGCUCUUACAUACGUGGAAGGUGUAUGCGUCUUCUGGUUUACCAUCGAGUUCCUGGUUCGCGUGACCUUCUGCCCGGUCAAACUGGAAUUUAUCAAGAGCGUGCUCAAUAUCAUCGACUUUGUGGCUAUCCUUCCUUUCUACUUGGAAGUAGGCCUCAGUGGCCUUUCCUCUAAAGCUGCCAAGGAUGUGUUGGGAUUCCUCAGGGUGGUGCGUUUUGUUCGUAUUUUGCGUAUCUUCAAACUUACCCGUCACUUUGUGGGCCUUCGAGUUUUGGGCCACACAUUGAGGGCCAGCACCAAUGAAUUCCUGCUGCUAAUCAUCUUCCUGGCGUUGGGAGUGUUAAUUUUUGCCACCAUGAUCUAUUAUGCUGAGCGCAUCGGCGCCAAGCCCAAUGAUCCCACGGCCAGCCUCCACACCAAGUUCAAGAACAUCCCCAUCGGCUUCUGGUGGGCUGUGGUAACCAUGACCACUUUGGGCUAUGGCGACAUGUAUCCAAAGACGUGGUCUGGCAUGGUCGUGGGCGCGUUGUGCGCUUUGGCUGGAGUGCUGACGAUAGCCAUGCCUGUGCCUGUCAUCGUUAACAACUUUGGGAUGUACUACUCCCUGGCCAUGGCCAAGCAGAAGCUGCCCAAGAAACGGAAGAAACACAUUCCCCAGAUUGUACAGGGAGGCUCCCCUACCUACUGCAAGGCGGAGCUCACCACCACCUGCAACAGCACUCAAGGUGACCUGUGCCACGUCAAGGGGGGCAGGGUACUUGAACGCAACCGCUCAGUUGUGUCGGCGGACUGCAGCGGCGGCAGUGACCUGACCACGUCAACAGAGGAAAGGGUCCCCAUGCGAAGAUCCAGCACCCGGGAACAAGACCGCCGGAGUGGUGGGACGUGUUUUCUACUUGCUGCUAGUGACUAUAACUGCCCUGCAGACGGAGGCAUAGGAAAAACAGGCUACGAGAAAUCUCGGAGCUUAAACAACAUAGCUGGCAUGACUGGCAUGGCUGGUAACGCCCUGAGGUUUUCUCCCGUGACCUCACCCUAUGGAUCACCUUGCCCGCUGCGGCGCUCCCGUUCCCCUAUUCCCUCCAUCCUGUAAGAAGUCCAGCACUCUUUUUGCAUAACCCGAUCCAUAUCCUACGAUCCACUCUUUGCUAUGUUACCUGAACUAUGGUCUAUGAUAUCGUGGUUUAGUGUUUAACCUUGUAGCAAAGACGAAUCUACUGACUAUACAGCCUGACUGUGCUUGGCUAUCACCCUUGUCGGUUCUCCUGUGUCUUAUUCCUUCUUUUAUUAUGUCACAUUUUCAGACUGUGCAAUAAAAACAACUAUAAGUGGUGGCUUUCAAAGUAGCAGCCAUAGCAUUUCAUAAUAAAAAAAGGACAAUCAGGGAUAUUAGAAGUUGUGAGGGAAAAUGUGUGCUUCCAUUUUAACGUUGAAGUGUGUGGUCCAGUGGAACUCGUUUAAGUCGACGCCCCUCAGAUUGGCAGACUGACGUCAUCAUAAGCAGUUGUCGACACGAUGGAAAUCAAACUCAAAAAGAGCCAUUGCUGGCCAUUUACGGUCAUGCUUGUUUAUCACAGUUAAUUAGUUCCAGAACCGACCGUGAUAAGUGAAUUUCCGUGAAGUAUAAAUAGAAGAUUUUAUUGUUAGAGCAUUAAAAAACCUGUUUAAAUGGGAUUUUUUUUUAACACUAUUAGAGUCCUCAAGACAUGAAAUAACACCCCGAUAGUCACCAUUACACUCUUUUACCCAAUAUAGUACACAUAAAAGAUGUUUAGACAUAAGUAUUUGACAAUAUAGUAUUGCAGUUUAUAUUCUACCGGCCCCACCUCCACUUACAGAGACAGUGAGACUGUCAAAAGGGCUCACUCUGUUCAUGCCAUUGUUCUAUGGAAGGUGCUGACACUAAAACACAAAGUUAUCCGGUUUCCUGCCACAUUCCAAAAAAAUGCAUUUUAGAUUAAUUGGCAAAUCCAAAUUGUCCGUAAGUAUAAACGUCUAUGAUAUUUUGUCUAUAUCUGCCCUGCUAUCGGCCGACACCUUACCUUCAACAUCACGUCUUUUCAAAGCAUCUUCCUGCUGGAAAAUGUUGUGAGACUUGACUUGGGAGACAGCACCCUCUGCUGGCUCCAUAGCUGUAGCCCUCUUUGUCCCCCUGCAGAUAGCAACAUCAAAUCACUUUAUAUUUCUAGUUAUCAAAAGAAAAUUAAUUAUUUACAAUUUAAAAGUAUAGUAAAGAGGAGUAAAUGCCAAAUUAGCGGCUUAGCAAUAAUCAUAAAGUUAGCAAUACAACUUUGGAUGUCAACGUUUUAGUAAUAAGAGGACUUGAGUUCGUCGACAUAACCGGGACCGACUUAAACGGGUUCCACUGCAGUAUGAAAAUAUGCACACCGGACGCAAUGACUAGACGGACUUGAACAUGUACAGUAUGUUACAUAUUACAGUAUGGCCUGGUGAAGUAACAUCACACCGCAACAUGUGACUUGUACACAGUAGGACAUUCAUGAUAGUGUAUUUUUCUCUUGGUAUUUGGGAUGUGGAUUGGAGGAAUGGGUGUUGACAUGGAGCAAUUUGUCAUUGACACAAGCACACAGUCUGUCACUCUUCACAUGGCCGUCUUUUUGCAUGGACUCACUCGGAAGCCAUUGUUGUCCGCAAGCUAUGGUUUGCACGGGGAGACAACACAAGGCACACAGAAAGUAAACCCUCUUAAUUAUAAGGUUUUACACAUCAGGACAUUUUCAACCUAUAAGAACCCAGACCUAUUUGUGCUUAAAGUCAAAUGAUGGGGGGGAUAUACAUAUACAGAUAAGACAAGAUGAGAUAUAAGUUGUGAUGUUUUUUCUAAUAAUAAUUUACAGCAAAGAUGUGUGGUGUACAUAUAUGUAACAAUGUUUAUGGUAAAUGUAAUCCUUAUUUGAAAAUAACUCAACUUGUGUAGCACAAAUGUACUUUGUAUUAAAUCACAUAGAACAUAUCCAUUGACAUUAUUAGCAUUAUUAGCAUUUCUGCUAUGAGUAGCAAGUGUUUCAAAUCAAUUCAUUUAAGUAAUAGGGUAAGAACUGUCAUAUUUGACACCUUAUUGAAGCAUUAUAGUGGUUGAACGGGUUAAUAAAAAUAACUUUAUAUGGCUAAAAAUGCUUCUGGAAAUGAGCUAGCUUACCAGACAGCCGUUUUGGGGUCGUCAUUGCUUAGCAUCGUCACAUGACUCGUCACGUGACAACCGCUCCAAAAUGAUGUUUAAAAAGAAGCACGGAGUUGCAUAAAGAGAUAUUGUGGAACAUUUAAAUUGGGUUCUUAUGGGUUAAUUGAGGUUAAAUAAUAAUAAAUAUAAUAAAAAUGAUAACACUUUACAUGUUACAUUAUGAACAAUUGUUAAACAACAUGUGGAAAGGUGCAACUCCACUGAUACUCCAUGUAUUAUGUCCUGAUACAUACAACCUUGAAAGAGGAUGUAUUUUCAUUUCACCAUGGCUGUAUAUACACUCAUGAUCAAAAUUUUAACACCAGUUGAAAAAUGGCUAGAAUUUGCAUUAUGCACUGUUGGAUCUCAAGUAGAAUCUUCAAAAGAAAUGGGACUGAGACAAAAGAAAAAGACAACCAUUAAAGUGAAAUAGGCUGUUCAUCAGCUGAUCGAAAGUUUAAUGUCCAUUUUUGUCAAAUUCCUUUGCCGUCCCCAAAUAUUCUCAAUAGGACGUAGAUCAGGGGAACACACAGGAUGCUCCAAAAGAGUGAACCUAUGGAAGAAGUCCUUUGCUUGGUGGCCAUUGUGAACUGCAACGUUGUCCUGUUGCAGAAGCAUCACUACCACACAAACGAGGGCCUUCAGUCAUGAGGGAUGCAACAUCUGCAACAUCUCCACAUUGCCAACUGCCGUUUGACGCCCCUGCACAACCCAAUGCUCCAUUGUUCCACUGAAGGAAUAAAGCAUUGCAGAUCAUGAUGGCGCCCCCUUUCACUUUGCCUUGCGGAAAGGUGGAUCUUGUUGUCGUGCCAGUAACGUUGGAAGCCAUCAGGGCUGUCACAGUCACAUUUUUUGCCAUCGGGGGAAUAAAACAAGGAGACAAGACCUUGAAAAGACCUUUUAAAGGCUGCAGACUUAAACUUUUGAUCAGCCUAUUCACUUUAAUGGUUCUUUGCAAUUAAUUCCUUUCUCAAAACUUUUAGUGCAAAAUGGGAAUUCUUGCAAUUUUUCAACUGGUCUUAAAAUUCCGACCAGGAUUGUAUAUUCCAAUAUAUUCCAAUAUUCUAAUAGCUGAGUGCUUCACUUGUACCAGCAAAGCUGUACGUAUGUUUCUGGUUGUUCAGUCUUAGAGAACUGCAAAGAG